AAUGCAUUCAUACCAAAGCUCAUAGGGUCAAAGAAGUCAACAUACAUUUUAGACUUCCAAGAGUGGAACAAGUUGAAAUUUACUGAAAUUUAGGAUCCACUGGCUUAACAGACCCCUAUAGCAUUACCUAUUAUCUCUGGUAAUUUUUAAGGAAAAGUUAUGUUUCUGGUCUGAUUGUGGAAUACCUGGUUGACUUUUUCUACCAAGUGUCUUCGAAACCUGAAUAGGGAAUUUCCCAGUCACAGUGUUAGGGUGGUGAGACUGACUUAAUUUCAGGAACUGAACGCUGUUUCUGUCUCUUUUAAUAUAUUUCUUAACAAAGAUAAUUCUAGUUUCAGGAAGUCUGGGUACAAAGGAUAUAAUGGGAUGAUCACUGUGUUUCACAAUAUACUCUUCUCCUAGAGUAGCUGGUGAUGUAACAGGAAAAUUGUCACUCACCAAAUAACUCCAUCCCUCCCUUCUUAUUAACUUAAAGAGACCUCCCAUUUUGUUUCAUACUGAGCGAGAAUUAGGUUCUGUAAGCAUGGCUGCCUUCCAGCGUCAUCUUUGGGUUGUCUUCCUGACUGGGGUUGUUCUUGGGGCUUCUGCUGUGGAAACAUUCCUUGCUGCUGUCUAUGAGCAUGCUGUUAUACUUACUGGACCCACCCCAAAACUUGUAUCUCCAGAAGAAGCCCUGAAUUUAAUGAACAGAAAUCUAGACAUCUUAGAAGAAGCCAUCAAAACAGCUGCUGAACAGGGAGCCCGCAUCAUUGUGACCCCUGAAGAUGGCAUUUAUGGGUGGGUCUUUACUCGGGAAACACUUUAUCCCUAUCUUGAGGAUAUACCAGAUCCUGAAGUAAACUGGAUUCCGUGCGACAAUCCAGAAAGGUUUGGAUUUACCCCAGUGCAGAAAAGGCUUAGCUGCAUGGCAAAGAACUAUGGCAUCUAUGUGGUUGCCAACAUGGGGGACAAGAAAACAUGUAACUCCAGUGAUCCUAAGUGUCCCAGUGAUGGUCGCUAUCAAUACAAUACCAAUGUUGUUUAUGAUGCAGAAGGAAAGUUUCUGGCCCGUUAUCACAAGUACAACCUUUUUGCCUCAGAAAUCCACUUCAAUUUUGCGAAGGAGCCACAGUUUGUCAACUUCAACACCUCCUUUGGGAAGUUUGGUGUUUUCACUUGUGCUGAUAUGCUUAACUUUCGUGAACCUGCCAUCUCAUUGGUAGAAAAGUUCAAGGUGGACACCAUUCUUUUCCCAACUGCUUGGUUAAAUACUCUACCCCUUUUGUCUGCUGUUCAAUAUUACUCAGCCUGGGCAAUGGGAAUGCAUGUGAAUAUCCUUGCGGCUAAUAUACACAAACCCAGCUUGGACAUUACUGGGAGUGGCAUUUUUACACCCAAUGGCCCACAGGCAUAUUACUUUGAUAUGGAAAGCCAGGAUGGCAAACUCUUACUUGCAGAAAUUGAAGCACGUCCCCGUCUUUCUCCCAACUACCCUCCCCCUUUCAACUGGAGCUUGUAUGCAUCAGGGCUUCAACAUUUCUCACCACGGAGCCCAGUAUUUCACAACAGUAUCUAUUUUGAUAAUUUCACCUUUACGGAACUAUCACAAGAAGCAGGAAACUAUACGGUCUGCCAGAAAAACCUCUGCUGCUAUUUGAACUACAGUAUGGCAGAGAAGCAAAAGGAUGAAGUUUAUGCUUUGGGUGUUUUUGAUGGGCUUCAUGUGAUUGAAGGAGAAUAUUAUUUGCAGAUCUGCACACUUCUGAAGUGUAAUGGCACAAACUUGAAAUCGUGCGGCCAGCGAGUUGAUACUGCUGCUACCAGGUUCAAUUUCUUUUCCCUCAGUGGCUCAUUUAACACUAAUUAUGUGUUUCCUGAAGUGCUGCUCAGUGGGACCCAAUUGGCUCCUGGAGAAUUUAAGGUUUUGCCCGAUGGACAGAUGAUUAGUGAGAAAGGCCUGUCAAAGCCACUUCUAGUGGCAGCUCUUUUUGGAAGAUGGUAUGAAAAAGACUCUCCACACCCCACCUCCAGUACACCAUGAACUAGGCCUUCAUAAUUUGCUUUCCUUUCACGUGGGCAAUAUUUUGUGUUUGGCAUAGAAAUUAUGUCUAUUUUCUAACAUUUCUGGUAGCUAAAGAGAAAAGCCAAAGCGAAAAAUGAUCAAUAUUCCAUCAUGCACAGGAUUCAAAUGAAUGCUUCAAAUGAUGCAAUCAACUUUCUUCAUCCAUGAAAAUGUAUGGGAAUCCAGAUGCUAUUCCUUUCUCUAUAUGAGACAGGGUAUUUUUCAUAACAACUUCCAUCUUUUCACUUUCCACCACAAAGCUGUUGAGCAGGAAAAGAAAGGAUAGUGUAACUUGGAACGUUAGGCAUGAUUAGCAUUUUGAUAAAGCUGUUAUUAGGAUUUUAGCAUGGCAUCCAUGUCUCCUUUUUAAGUUUAAGAAAAGUUUUUCCUAGCCCUUUCAGGGUUCAUUAAUCAAACAAUAGGGUUGUAUUCUGAAAUCCUUGAGUGUUGCAAAUGUUAAAGAAACAAGCUUGAAUGGAAAAGGAGAAGAUACAACAUAUUUAAGGGUAGGGGUCCCCAAUCCCAAGGCCGUGACCCAUUCAAAACUCAGCUGAGCAAGCAGGAUGUGCUGACAGCUCUGUUUGUGUGAGUGGUGGGUGCUCAUGCUUGUGAGCAAAGCUCCAUUUGCAUGAGAAGCAGGUGCACAUGCCCACUACUUGCACAAAUGGAGUUGUGCGAGUUCACAAGCAUGCCUGUGACUCGCACGGAACUAUCCCUUUGCCCCUGACCGUCCACCAAGCUGCUUUUUUAGGGGGUCUGUUUUUUCUCAUAUCUAAUCAAUGUCUUAUUUUUAUUUCUGACUCAUCGUAUAUAUUAAAUGUAUGUGUCAUUUGUUUCUGUGCCCCAUAUAAAAUCUUGAACCCCCUUAAUAAAAUGCUCGUCGCUUUCCCAAAAGUA